CCCGGACUGCCCGAUCUGGUCUUUCUGCAUGUGUCCUUGUUAACCGCAUUGGUUCCGAACCCGCAAACUGGACUGCUCGGUCUAACCUCGAGUUCCAGACUUGCAGUUUCUUGGUUAAAAACAAAAACACAGAACGAACGAUUCCCGGCUUGUCAUCUCAAAGACGGUAUGUCAGGCACUUUGCCGGACAUUCGCCAGGAGGCACCUUCGGGGGAGGAGCGCCCCCUGCCAGACGACGCCAAGCAUGGCAAGGAAGGCGAAGAGGAAGAGGAGGGGCGGUGUGGAUUAUUCGGUUUCUCACCGGAUUGGCUGCAAGUGUUCAACUCGCCACGAUGUCUGCUGUUCUUCAUGUGCUGUCUUUGUGCCACUGAGACCGCCAUACUUCUAGGACUGACUCCCGGUGUUAUCACUACUAUCGAGGGGCGAUUCAAGCUCUCCAGCGCCCAGAGCGGCUUCAUCAUCAGCAGUACAGAAUUGUUUGCCGUCUUCACUGUUCCUAUCAUUUCCUACUUUGGCGCGAAAUCCCACAAGGGUCGCUGGCUGGGCGCGGGAGCUGUGUGUGUCGGACUGGGCAGUACAGUGUUUGCACUUCCACAUUUUCUGGCAGGUCGUUAUGUUCCCUCUGGUGGCACUAAUAUUUCCGAGUCAAGCAGCGCAAUCUGCCAUCCCUGGUCUAACGGAACAGCUGAUGAACAGCAGUGCGAUACCAACGGAGGGUACAGCCAGCUGGAGAAUUACCUGUACGUGUUUGUCCUUGCGACGUUCCUCAUGUCGUUCCUGGUGGGCCCGUUGUACACGCUAGGGGUCGCUUAUCUGGACGAGAACGUGAGCAAAAAGGUGUCAGGUGGUUAUGUUGGGAUCCUGUAUGCUUCAACUGCUAUUGGUCCGGCUGUUGGUUACGUCAUGUCCUCUCAACUGCUCAAUCAGUAUGUGAACUGGCCGGAAGUAACGAAUUUGACACCCAAUGACCAGCAGUGGUUAGGAAACUGGUGGUUCGGAUUCUUCCCUCUGGCCAUCGUCGCCUUUUUGGUUGCCAUUCCGGUGUUUUGUUUUCCACGAAAGCUAGCUGGUAUCUCAAAGCGCCCAGAAGAAACUAAAGAGGAAGCUAACAUUCCUACCAGUAAAGAUGACAAAGAUGGCGCCUUGGAAGAGGAUGAUGAUGAUGAGCCUACUAACCCUUUCUCUUGUGGUGCCCAAGACUUCAAAGACUUCUGGUCCACCGUGAAGGAUCUUGGGAGUAAUUUCUCCUACAUGUCUGUAUGCCUUGCAGGCUGUACUGAAGCUAUGGUACUUUCCGGGGCACUGACGUUCGGACCUAAACUCGGAGAAACACAGCUUGGACUCUCACCUUCGGAUUCUUCGCUCUAUCUCGGACUGCUGCUGAUCCCUGCUGGAGCAGUGGGCAAUCUUUUCGGCGGUUGGCUGGCGAAGAAAGCUGGAGCAGACUGCAAGAAGCUAAUAAAGCUUAUCCUGAUCGUUAGCGCAGCCUCCUUGCUCGGACACUGCGUCUUUCUCCUGUACUGUACCACGCCGGGCUCUACGACCUACCUCGCCACCAACAGCACAAGUUGCGCUACUCGCUGCGGCUGCGCAGAUUCGCUGUACGACCCGAUCUGUGACGUCAGUGGGAUCGAAUACCAGUCCGGCUGUCAUGCGGGAUGCACAAGCAUUAACAAGACUGGAACCACUACGACAUACUCCAACUGCAGCUGCAUCAUGAAGGACGGGCUCUCCGCAAACGUCACAUCCAUAUCCGGGUCAGAGGCCAUACACGGACCAUGUCCCGGGGGAUGCCCCGGUUACGUCAUGCCCGUGUUUCUCACCGUGUUCGUCCUGUUGAGCAUGAUGGCCGCCGCUUCUAUGGCUCCAUACACCGCGACUAUAAUGAGACUUGUUUCUAAACCAAGGCGGUCCUUUGCCCUUGGAGUGCAGUGGACCUUAUUCAGAUUGCUUGCUUGGAUUCCCGGGCCGGUCCUCUUCGGCUACAUCAUUGACCAGGCUUGCGUGUUGUGGCAAGAAGAGUGUGGGGUCGUGGGCGCCUGUGUCGUUUACGACAGCGGCAAACUGGGCUUGUACCUGCUCGUUUCGUCGGUGUCCAUCAGGCUGGUGUCCAUGGCUCUGUACUUACUGGCAUACUGCCUGUACAAACCGGUGGCAGAAGAGAAGGCAAAGGCUACCCACGGAGAUCAAACAAUGAUAUAAUCUUCAAGAAGUAGUUACUCAAGAAACUGGAUAUCGUUUUGGAAAUGGUCGGACAUUUCAAAUACUACUACUAUCCAGUAGUUUUCGUCAGUGAAACUGAAGAGAUCUUGUAGGCUGAUAUGCAAAAGAGAUCUAGUUGAAAAACAGGUUUAUCCUAACUAUGAAUCAAGAUGCAAUAUCUAUACCCUCUCUUAAGAUCUCUUCAUUUUCACUGACGAAACCCACUGGAUAGUAGUUGAAACGUCUGACCGUUUC